CCGAACCUGCUAAAACAGUCGUCAACGUGAAUUGUCAGCAAGAUUGAGGAUCAGUCUUGGUUCCAUUUCUCGGGGUCGCAAUUGUGCGGGGGAGCUCUGUUCUUGUGAAAGAUGUGCAAUCCGUCUGGUGUUGUGGAACUUUGGGUUGAUCGUAGAAUGGACGGUGCGGUAGAGUACGUUGGGUUUGGGGUUGCUUUCUCUUGUUGCUAAGUGGGUUUAUCGAUUUAUGUGUCUUUGAGUGAAUGUUCAUGUAUAUAGUCGUGUUUUUCUUUUUUUGUAUUAUUAUUAUUAUUAUUACUUAAGUUCAGAAAUGUUGAAUGAGGUGGAAAGUUUAAUUGCUGGAGCAUCUUCGGAAUAACGCUUUGUUCGUUGUUGGCAUUCAGAUCGCGUGCUUCUAGCUCCUUUCAUCUUACGUUUCAAUGAAUUAGUUGGAAGAGGGAGUUGCAAACCGCAACAAAAAAGGAGUGACGCGGGAGAUUGAUGGUUAGGUUGAACCUGUUCGCAGCUUUGUGGCUUCAACAAAACUUUGCGUGCCUUUAGGUGCGAUUUAGGGCAUCAUCGGCCUUUUCACUAUGGCUAGGAUAUCUUUCGCGAACCGGCAGGAUCUUGGUCCUUCGCUGUGCUCUUCAAUGACUCAAGAAUGUUAUCCCAACCUAAUACCCCUCCUCUUCUUUGACUUUAUCUGUUGAAGAAAUCUUUGAGAUCCUGGGCGCUGGCUACCGGCACUAGAAAUCGAGCACAAAAAGUACUGUGAGACCAUUCGAAGCAGCUCAAAUAUUGCACAAUUGAUACAGGCAAGUACGCAAGUAUGGAUCCAAUAAAAGAGGGCUCUCAUGAGAGGAGCUUUGGCAGCAGUCACAGCGGGCAAUCAACUGCUGAGUUGAAUGAGCAACUGGCACAGCUCAGACGGGAACUUGAGCUCUUAAAAGCAUCCAAAACUAGAACCCAUGUGACGUCAUAUCCGGAUGAAUCAGUUCGAAGCCAACAGGUUCGGGAGCAGGCCGAGUUGCCCAGGCAGGAGAGGCUGUUAACUAGCAGAUAUUCUCGACGCUCAUUUCAGGAUGCGCGUACUUUGUCCCCCACCUCUCAAGCCAAUUUACAUGCUUCGAGAAAUGAGUACCAACACCAAGCUCCAGUCCCCCACGAGGACAUAUCUUCUCAGAUAGGUUACGCUGGAGAAGAGUCCAGUGCACACAAGUAUGUAAUUGAAGCUCCGUUUGGUGUGAAAACAAUCUCCCGGUCGAUAACCUCCCGGUCGCAGAGCCUCCCAAAGCCAUCUGCACCUCCAGGAGCAUCUACUCGAAGUCUUGCGCAUUCCUUGAGUACCCAGGUAGACAGAGAUGCGAAUACUAUCAGGCAAGAUAGAAAUCUGUUGCGAGAUUCACCUCUCAAAACUGAACAUCGAGAUUCUGGUGCGCCAUCUCCUGAAGCUCUACAGGGUCCCGGAAUGUUUCACAUGCUCGGACAGGAGAAGGAGAAGCUUAUGGCUAGUAGGGUGACCCCAUCAUUCUCGGAUGAGGUGCCUUCUGGGACUGCUGACAGGAUGCAUCCUGCAGCACGGCGUCCCUCCAUCGUUCGCCAGGCGAACAGUAAUCCGCUCUCAUCUGAAUCAAGGAUGUCUUUGAGCACGCUCAAGGCGAUGAAGGGGAAAAAUGAGCUUGAGAUGCCAAAAGCCAGUGAAGCAGAAAUUCCUGCCAUAUCCAACCGAACACGUCAGGUGUUGGAAGAGCUUGAGAAAUUGAAACGAGAGAAUGCGAUGCUAAAGUCGAGCAAAGCUAAAGAAAUGGACAGUGCGCAACAGCGUCUAGCCUACUUUGAACAAAAUCAUGCUGCGGCUUCCAAAGUCCGCAUGGUUGAGAUCAAGAAGAUGAUAAUCAAGAGCCAGGAAUUGGAUCUGGCGUUUUUAGUGGAUGCAACGGGCAGUAUGCAGUCGAGCAUUGACAUGAUCAAGACCACUGUGACCACUAUGGCAUCUGGAAUAAUGCAGUCGUAUCCAGAUUGUAAGCUGCGUGUAGCCUUUGUACCUUAUAGGGACUACGAGGACACUGCUCAGGACGACAGGGAGAUGCUGGAUUUCACGACGAGCUUCUCUGGCCUCGAGAGUGUCUUUGUUCAAGCAUUGUCUCGGGUGCGCGCCGUAGGGGGUGGAGAUGACGCAGAGGAUGUAUUCACAGGAAUUGCUCGUGUCGCACAGUUGAGCUGGGUUGCCCCGAACCGUGUGCUCUUUCACAUCGCGGAUGCACCGUGUCACGGUCUUAGUUUCCAUGAUGGAGUAGGGGAUCUCUACCCAAACGGAGACAAAUAUGGCCGAACAAUUAAUGCCCAGUUUCGAAUCCUGCAUGAAGUUUGCCACAUCUCCACGUAUUUCUUCUGCCACUUAAACAGCAGCACCAAAAAGAUGAUUCGAAAGUUUAGGGAAGCAGCUGGAAGCUCCUUGGAUAUUCUAGAGGAACAAUUUGUAAACAUCAGCAAUAUCCCACACAAAGUGAUAACCUUGUGUCGUGGUACCAUCCAGAAGACUCUGAGCGUUGUCAAUGCACAGAACCCCAUUGUUGAUGUUCAGUUCGUGCGUGAAGACGUGAUCAAAGGGGUGCCAUCUUGGGCACAGGUUCCAGAGCAAUCUGGGGUUCACUUUAGAUGCAAAUGGUACCGGGCGCUAGAUGAUAUGCUCAGCAGAAUAAGCAAUCACAUGGCUUUAGAGGAGGAAUCCAUGGACCAUAUUCAAGUUCAGAUUGCUAAGCAUCCGUUCAGUGACGAAGGGGCUGUCAGAUGGCCUUACCACGCACUCAUCACGUAUCCGAAUGAGUCUCCCCGGUCCAUGGUAGUCAAAAGAUUUAAAACGCCUCUUGGAAAAGAUGUUCGAGAAAUUCACAAGCGGGAGCGAUACUGGGCACAAAUGGAAGUGCAAUCAGUAUCAGCACACAUGGCCAACGAAUUCAACAAAAUAACAUCGAAUAUGAAGAAUGUUAAGAAGGUUGAGUUUACUGAAGUGACAACACUAGAGGUUGGUUCUGGUUCAAAUAUCAAAUUCUACAAUAUGGAAAGCUUGUUGGAGGGAGAGUGGAUGCGUUAUUCCAAUAAUGGCGGCUACGUCAAUACGCUGGAUUAUGCUGCUGUUCUUCAAGCGUUCACGCACUGGACACAUGAGCGCUCAAGGGGUCUGUUGAUGGUUACGGAUCUGCAAGGUGUAAGAAUGACGAACUUGUUUGGUGAGAAUGUGUUUUGCCUCUGCGAUCCUGCAAUUCACUGUACUGAUGUAAUGCGUUUCACUCGUACUAAUCUAGGCGCCGAAGGCUUCAAGCUAUUCUUUGAAACACACAAGUGCAAUGAUGUUUGUGAGAAAUUGAGGUUGGCAGUAGGAACUGCAGGUCGUACCCUGUCGGGCACAAAGGUAGGCAGUUACUGGUGAUAAUUUAAACAUAACUUCUCAAGAUUUGUCGUAACAACUUGUAUAGAAAUUUGAAGUGGGUCACUUCAGAGAACAGUUUUUGCUUGCCACCCAUCACUUCCAGCACUCUUGACGAGCCCUGAAGAUCCAUGUUGACCCAAAAGUUGGUAGAAGAUACUUACAUGACAAUUCUAGCUUGUAGGAAGUGAAAGAAAGACUUGCAGCAGCAUGGGGACUUUCAAUCAAUGCGUCCUUACUCUGCUUUGUUCCAAUAAAAUCCCACAUUCAGGAUCGAUUCA